GGUCAGCUUCUCUCUGCAAAUAAUCACUUUUUGUUUAUUUAUUCCCGCAUGCUGUUUUCUUUUCUUUUCUACAUUUCAAGUGCUGUCAAAUCAUAGCCUUAUAACCGACAUGGUCUAUCGUCGAUCCAGUAGGUUCUCCUAGCUAAAGGGGUGGAUGGUUAUUCAGAGAUUAUACGCUCCUCAUCAUCAAACGGUGGGUACUCCGCUCCGGCGUCAUGCACAGCCACACAGCCAGGGAUGCAGCGCUAUAUCAAGGCAUAUAGAAAGAAUCAGGCCUACUUGUUAAACUCCCCCCGACCAAACCACCUCCCCUCAAUGAGAAUAUCGUCGUGAUGGCCGAUGAAGAUGAACGACAACAUGGUCAGCUGAAGCUCAACUCGGUAUUGGGCUCUUUUCCAACACUAGUACCAGAACUCCAGGGCCCUGAGGCUAAUGCGUUGCAGUACAAAAUUAAGAAUUCAAUUUGCAAGUCUGUCCAGUCAAAAGUGGACAACAUAUUGCAAGAUGUUGAGAAGUUUACAGACAUCGAAAAACUCUACCUCUACUUGAAGUUGCCUUCUGGUCCCAGCAAUGGCGAUGAUAAAAGGACUGAGAACCAGAGAGCCUCCACUCCGGGACUAUGUGACCAGAGCGGCAUGUCGUCCAGCCGAACACAGCAGAUGUACGCUUUCAACUGGAUCCGCAAUCACCUAGAGGAGCACCCUGAGACAUCACUGCCAAAGCAAGAGAGAACUUGCUUCCUGGACUGUGUCUGCGACAGCGGCCCUUGA